CUUCUCACAAUCUCAGAAACAUCCCGUUUCUCUUUCACACACUCUCCUCUCUAUUGUCCUCUACUCUGUUUCUCCCUCUCUUUCAGAGAAAAGUUAUCCAAGGGAGAGGCAGAGUGGCAGGAUAUUACUGAGUUACACAGCUGAGUUAUAGCAUUUGAGGGACCUUAAGUGGUCUCCAACUCGACUCCACAGUAGUGCAUCAGCGCCUAACAGAUAAUCUGAUCUGGAUAUAUCAAUAAAAUAACCAGGCUGCUCUCCUCCAUUGGUAAGGUUUAGGACCCUGCCAGGAUGUUUUGCUGCGGGAUCCAGGAAAUCAAGAGCUUUUUCUGGAGAACCUUACAGUGAUGUGACACUUACACAUCUUCUAAAGCUGGAAUCCUGCCCACUGGUUUUCUCUCUUUCAGCUUCUAAUAACAUCCUCUCGUCACACCUUUUCUCUCCGUACGGCGGCUGAGUUGUGCAGCAGUUUAUCAGGGAACAACAGCUAGAAUUGGAACCAACAACCUACACAUACGUGAGGUCCACAAAGGUCCAGACCUCUCAAGGCGUUACUAAAGUAGACACACCAGACUGGGUUCAGAAACCUUCCAGAGGACACACUGCCCGGUAAAAACCUCUUGGCUGGUGGGGUGAUGCCCGGUGUGACACGGACCACUGUGGACGGAACCUGCCAGGCUUUAUGCAGAACACUGGUGUCCCAGAACGGCAUCCAGCGAGACGCGGGGGACAUCUCCAAGUCUGUCCUCUAUACGUCCCUGAUGGGGCUUCUUCUGGUCGCCGACAGAGAGACAGAACAGCUCCAAGUCGGUAGUGGGAGAGUUGGCCUUCAAAAUGUUGGAAACACAUGUUUUCUCAAUGCGGUGGUACAGUGUCUGUCCCACACCAGAGCGCUCAGAGACUACUGCCUGGUUAAAGCCUACAGACAGGAGAUGUGUUCUAGAGAGGAUCCAGCGCUAAUGGAGGAGUUCUGCCAGGUGCUGUGGGGACUGUGGGAUGUGAACAACAACAACAACAACAUCAUGAGCAGCACAGAGGUGAAUCCUGGGAAGUUCUGCAGAAUCUUCAAAGAGGCUGUGCCUUACUUCAGCGGCUACAGUCAGCAGGAUGCCCAGGAGUUCCUGAGGUUCCUAUUGGACAGGCUGCACUGUGAGAUCAACCGCCGGCCCAAUGUCCCUCCCACCAGCCUCCAGCCUGAACCCAAAUAUGCCAAAGUCAGGAUUGAGGAGCAGGCGUUGGCUGUGUGGAAGAAACACCUGGAGAGGGACGACAGCAAGAUUGUAGAUCUUUUUUCAGGCCAGUUGCGUAGUUCUCUUCACUGCUCGGUCUGUUCUCACUACUCCACCUGCUUCGACGUGUUUGGUGACCUGUCCCUCCCUAUCCCCAAGAGGAGCGCAGGAGGAGGCGUGUCUCUCAGGGAAUGUCUGGAUCUGUUCUCACAGGAGGAGAAGCUGGAUGAGGACAAUGCACCCGUAAGACAACAUCGUCCAACAACAUCGUCCAAAUGCAUGUGUGAGCGGUGUAACAGGCGGACAGAAAGCACCAAGAGACUCACCAUUCAGAGGUUCCCACAGGUCAUCGUCAUGCACCUGAACCGGUUUGCCCUGUCCCGGUACGCCGUGUGUAAGAGCUCGGUGUGUGUCUCCUUUCCUCUGGCUGGCCUGGACAUGGGGUCGUAUGGACCAGUGGACUGUGGUCCAGUCCUGUAUGACCUCUAUGCGGUGUGUAAUCAUAGUGGGACCGUCAACAUGGGCCACUACACUGCUUUUUGCCUGGACGACGACGGCUCAGGAUGGUACUGCUACAAUGACUCUACUGUGACCCCAGUGUCAGAGAACCAGCUACAGUCGUCCCAGGCCUACGUCCUCUUCUACCAACGCAGGAAGUGAAGCUUGGACAGCCAAUCACUACAGAGCGAUACUACGAACGUAGCAUUCAGCAGCCAAUCAGAAAAACUGUUACUAAUCGCAAAGCUUUCAGCAGAAGGUGACCACAGCUGGUACCAAGAAACUGAAACGGUUAAACCCCAGAUAUGCAGAUCCAGAUGAAGUCCUGGCGAGCCCCGACUGACUCCACCCACCUGACUCACAGCACGCAGGGAGAGCUAUGACUCACUAACCUGGACACGAGCCUAUCUUAACCGCACCUGAGGAGCGAAGUACAUGGAGAGACUAGCACCUGAGAAAUGAAGUUCAUGGAGAGACUAGCACCUGAGGAGCAAAGUAUAUGGAGAGACUAGCACCUGAGGAGCGAAGUAUAUGGAGAGACUAGCACGUGAGGAGCGAAGUAUAUGGAGAGACUAGCACCUGAGGAGCGAAGUACAUGGAGAGACUAGCACCUGAGGAGCGAAGUACAUGGAGAGAUUAGCACCUGAGAAGUUACGUACAUGGAGAGACUAGCACCUGAGAAAUGAAGUUCAUGGAGAGACUAGCACCUGAGGAGCAAAGUAUAUGGAGAGAUUAGCACCUGAGGAGCGAAAGUACAUGGAGAGACUAGCACCUGAGAAGUGAAGUUCAUGGAGAGACUAGCACCUGAGGAGCGAAGUAUAUGGAGAGACUAGCACCUGAGAAGUUACGUACAUGGAGAGACUAGCACCUGAGAAGUUACGUACAUGGAGAGACUAGCACCUGAGAAGUUACGUACAUGGAGAGACUAGCACCUGAGAAGUUACGUACAUGGAGAGACUAGCACCUGAGGAGUGAUGUACAUGGAGAGACUAGCACCUGAGAAGUUACGUACAUGGAGAGACUAGCACCUGAGGAGUGAAGUACAUGGAGAGACUAGCACCUGAGAAGUUACGUACAUGGAGAGACUAGCACCUGAGGAGUGAAGUACAUGGAGAGACUAGCACCUGAGAAGUUACGUACAUGGAGAGACUAGCACCUGAGGAGUGAAGUACAUGGAGAGACUAGCACCUUGGUGGAGGAGUACAUGGAGAGACUAGCACCUUGGUGGAGGAGUACAUGGAGAGACUAGCACCUUGGUGGAGGAGUACAUGGAGAGACUAGCACCUUGGUGGAGGAGUACAUGGAGAGACUAGCACCUUGGUGGAGGAGUACAUGGAGAGACUAGCACCUUGGUGGAGGAGUACAUGGAGAGACUAGCACCUUGGUGGAGGAGUACAUGGAGAGACUAGCACCUUGGUGGAGGAGUACAUGGAGAGACUAGCACCUUGGUGGAGGAGUACAUGGAGAGACUAGCACCUUGGUGGAGGAGUACAUGGAGAGACUAGCACCUUGGUGGAGGAGUACAUGGAGAGACUAGCACCUUGGUGGAGGAGUACAUGGAGAGACUAGCACCUUGGUGGAGGAGUACAUGGAGAGACUAGCACCUUGGUGGAGGAGUACAU